UGGCGAUGCAGUAUAUCCUUGAAGAUAUUCAUGCCGUCGUUUACCGUUUCCACCUCUCGACUCUCCUUUACCUUGUCUGCCAACACUACAUCGUCAUUCCUAGCAGAUGCCUGAAGGGCUCCUUCGAAAAGCCCAAGCUCAAGACUUGAGGAUCUUGGGCCGUCUUUCUUUUUGAUUGUAUCCUGCUCAUAGUACCCUUAAUAUUUACCUCAAUCUCUCAGCUCUCAACAAGCAGGACGCUUUGCUCCUCACAGUCUUCAUCUUGGCUGAUAAUCCAUAAUGGCUUCCUAUGUUGAAGCAUAUUCGCUCUCUGAUAUCACUCAACUCGCUUCAAAUCCACCAAAAUAUCCUAGGAACCCAACCGAACAGAAGAGACAGCCUUUGACGCUUUACAUCGCCCGCGUCCCUGGGAGCAAGGAUCUCAUCCUCACGACUCUCAAGCCGCAGAGAGAGAAUGUCACCUUUGAACAUGUGGCUAGUUCUCUGUAUUAUCUUCAUCUGAAUACCGAAGAGGAUGCCCAACUCCUAGCCGACAAUCAGGGCGCCAUAGCCGAGGAGACUGAGCCAGAUGAAGGUUCACAGAAGCCCGUACAACGGAAGCCUUUACCGGAGACGGCCAGAGUGUCUCUUGAUAUCAAUCGACAAGGCCAAACGGGGUCUGGAAAUAACUCAUUUGCACCUGUUCAAGCCCCACCUAGGCCCCAAGGAAACGUCCAACAGAGGCUGAUGGGUCCACGUCCCCUUCUAUCAGACUCUAAUAGUCGAGGUCCCCUUCCUGGGUCAUUGAGUUCCCGUCCCCCCGAAAGCGCCGUCUCGACUAUCGGCGUGGGAAGCCCUAAACACAGCGUUUCUAAACGUGACAAUAUCGAGACUACCAAGAGAUCUACAAAAGCUUUCUUGAUUACUAUCAUUCGACGAGACCCCUCAUCUGGAGCUCAGUGGAAUGUUGGUACGGUCGAAGGGGAACCGCAAAAUCCAGAACCUGGCCCUUCGCACUCCAAGAAACCAGCUUUUGACAUGUUAGUUCGCAUCACAACACCGGGCUAUGGCCAGUUUAAAAACUUCCAAUACAACACACGCUCUGAAAGAAGUAACAGUGGCGCUGGAAUAGCGUCUGUAUCCAAUCCGCUGCCUGUCGUAAAUAACAAUGCUGAGCAAUCGAACUUCCCAUCGGUUUCGACUCUGGGGUUCGAACGCGACCUUCGCAUGGAAGGUUUGAGCUUCUGGGACCGUACCAAACACAAGAGAGCGCUGUCAGAUCUUCCAGGUACACGCCGUACAUAUGGAAGCGGUCAUCAUGAUUUUGAUUCACAGCGCAAUCUUCCCUCUGUUCAGAGUAGCGAAGGCCCUAGUGAUUCAGGGGUCAAAGGUUAUGUUUUUACAAGUCCCUGGGGAGGUCGGUGCAAGUUCUCUACAGGUACUACCGGGAGAAGUUUACACUUGCAACACACACUACCAGGUCCAAUCUCAGCAAGCAGCACAAGUGAAUUUGCACAACCCCCAGUACCUGUGAGCGAACUUCGCUUCAAUUUACCUUUCUCGAAUCCUGUUAAGAGUCGAACAAAUGAAUCUGGACAUUUUAGUAUUCCAAGAUUUGGUCAUAUUCGCAACAAGCUGUCUCCUGACAAGAUAACACGUCCACCACCACCACUUCCUCCUCGUCCACGUCCGACUUCCUACGCAGCUAGAUCUUCGAGCGAGGAGGAUGAUCCACCUCCACUUCCGCCUAGGCCGGAUAGAUAUAUUUAUACGACCGAACCUACUUCUGAGAGAGGAGUCCUACCAAAUUCAGGAAGGCGGUAUUCAUCACCAUGGGCACCAAGCGAAGAAGAGGCCCGUCUCGAUCUCAGCAUUGGUCAAGAGAGAGCUGGAGGUGGGCAUAGGGGCAAACGUGCCAAACUUGGAAAACUUAUAAUAUACGAUGAGGGGUUCAAAAUGCUGGACCUUGUCAUCGCUGCCAACAUAGGCGUCUGGUGGAGUGUAUGGGAGACCGAUUAAUAAGCUACAGAUAAUUCCCUACCACUGUCAAUUGAAUUACAAUCGGCAGACAUAGCUUCCGGGAG